AUGCACGGGGGUAUCUUGAUACUGUGGCUCGCCCAUAUUGGUGGUGAAUCUGGUAAACACAUGCCGGAACUGGCAUAUCUCAAUCUACUGCAAUAUUUUGUAUGUUCUUCCUCGACCAGGACGCUGCUGGUGGGCUUAGGAAUUCCUAUUCAUUUCGUACUUGCCAAAUUCAAGGCGUUGGAGGGUAUUCCAAAAAUGCUAGGACAAGUCGCAAUCAAGGAUGCAGAAUCGAAUAUCCCAUUGAUACUAGAUAUGCUGGUACCCGUCAGUAAUACGCGAAGACCAGCCUUUUAUUGA